GGGACUGGAGCAAACCUCAAGGCGUGGACUAUAAUAACAUUAUCUGAGCUGCUGGCUCGGGAAAACUCCGUCUUGCUGUUUUAUUUUGGAUAAAUGCAGGACGGCUCAUUAUUAAAAAAAACAUAGUCAUGACUGUGUUCAUCAAGGACGGACGUCAAUGCUUUAUAUAUCCUAUGCUGAAAUCAAGCGGUAGCUAAAUUAGCUUAAGUUAAUGCUAGCUUGCUAGAAGUUGAAGCUACGUCGUUAUCAUUAGCGGGCUGAGUCUUAAAACAAGAAGCAGAGCAUUGCUUCUUCUUGCAAAGUUAAACGUAAACUAGCCAACAAGAUUUAAAAUAUUAACACGCGGGACAAAAGGACAUGUUGGUGCCAGCAGACGCCGAAGGGUAACGUUAAAACCUCCCACCAGCUGAUGGUAGUUUUGUAUUGCUAUGCUAGCAUAAUGAGCUAGCAUUAACAAGUCGGUCAUCUCUCACCGUUAGCUUUAUACAACCUCUUUUGGGCUAACGGUUGCUAGUGGCGUUACGCUAAAAUGCUGUUUGGAAGCUCAACAACUAUUCUCCUUUUGUAUUCGCGUUUAUUUGAUAAUGUGGAGUAUAGAGCCCACUGAAGUGUGUGGUUGGCUUCAGGCAACUAAACUAUUUACCUGAGAGGCAGUUUAGCAACAAACACCUGUCAACAGCAGACGGCCUACUUUAAUCCUAUCUGUCCGUCACUGAAAGCAGGCUGGGGACGCUUAUUGUACCGCUAUAGUAAGCCCUUAAUAACACGAAUCUAUUUUUUUUUUUAUUGAGAGCUUAAUAAAGCAUAUAUAUGUGUCCUCAACUUAUGUUUAGGGACCUCCUGGGACAGUCUGACAAUAGCAAGAUGAAGUAGAAGAUGCCACAGGAGAUGAUGGGGAUGUAAUGUAACCUCGGUGCAUUUCUUCUCCGAGUGACAGCAUGGAAUCUGAAAACAUGACCGACCCGUAUGAGGACAACCGUGAUGUCGAUCAAAGUCGUCAGUCACUCCGCAGUCCAAAGAAGGAUUCCCGAUCAUCACACUUCGAAAAACGCAAAAAUAACUCCCGGGACAAUCUCAAGGACGAGGUGGAAAAAGAAAGCUGUGUUGAGAGUAGAUCGAAAACCCGAACCUGGCGUUCAGAUCCAGAUCGGGACCAGUUAUCAGAGGGAGAGGGACGAAGAAGUAGUGGGUCGUUUUACUCAGACGACUAUGACAAUGAGUCUCCCUCAGAGCGCUCUAACUCACCAUACUCCCGGUCCCGGACUCCAACUGCUACUCCUCGGAGAAUGGUGCAUUCAAAAAGGAUUUCUAACAGCCCCCUCAAGACAGGAGGUGUGGGGCGUCGGGGUGUUUCUCGUCCACAGCGUCCAGGUGGCCACCUGCUGACCCAGCAUCAGCGCAGGGGAGUGCGUUCACAAAGCAAGGAGUCCACGCCUCCCAAAGACCUGGACCUGGUGACCAAGAGGAUGCUCUCAGCCCGCCUGCUCAAGAUCAAUGAACUGCGUAACUCACUCGCUGAGCUGCAACAGCGCACUGAUGAGCUGCAGAAGGAAAAUCGAGUUCUCAGACAGCUUCAGGUGCGCCAAGAUAAAGCCCUGCAGCGCUACGAUGACACAGAAAGUGAGAUUUCCCAGCUGAUUUCGCGGCACAACAACGACACCCACGUGCUGCGCGAGCGGCUCAGACGCACCCAGGAGCGGGAGCGGGCCGCUGAGCGCCGGAUGAAGGACAGCGAGGAGCAGCUGCAGAGGAGUCAGGCCACCAUCGCGCGGCUGAAGAAGCUCGUCGACCAGCGAGACUUAGGAGCCAGAGACGAGCUCAGCCGCAAGCUAGAGGAGGAGAAGACCCGGGCCCUAGAGGCAGAACGCAAGAUUAAGGAGCUGGAGCGUAGCGUUGAGCUAACAAGCGGCAGUUACCAGAGGCAGCUGGCUGCAGAGAAGAAGAAGACCAUCAGUGUCCAGGACGAGAUCCGGACCCUGCAGGAGGAGCUGCUACGACUGACCAAUAAACUCAAGGAGAAGGAGAGAGAACUAGAUGAUAGGAACAUCUAUGCCAACCGCAUGAUGAAACCUGCCCCAAGGAAAGAUGUUGACAGUGUCACAAAACGGAAAAGUAAGGCCACAAUUUUGGUUCUAGAAGCUUAUUUGUGCAGUUAACCAAAGAGUCUAUUACAAAGACUUUGGAUUUUGAAUUGCGGACUGUAUGAGAUAAUUAUUUACCUACAGUCGG